GCGGACAUGGGGGAAAUCAGUAGCUUCCAUAAGGCCAAGCUGAAGAAAACCAAGACACAGGAGAAAAACACCCUGCCGACCAAAGAGACCAUCGAGCAGGAGAAGCGGAGUGAGAUUUCUUAA